CACCCUGCCUCCGUCGUAUCCCUCGUCGCUCCCCACCGAAAGCGGCGGCACUACCACUAGGCAUUCCAUCGAGUGCCACGCUUCGACCGUGCGACAGAAAACGUUCGUCGCUCGCCGAGUCAGUUGAGCUCUGACACUACUCCCGAGCGGUCGGACUUCUGCGAGAGAAAGAGAGAGAAAGAGAGAGAGGAGAGACGCGUGCACACACGCACCGGUGUGAGCUACAACAUCCUGCGAUCUCACAUAUCCCUCCGAUUACCGCGAUCGUGCGUCGAGACCCGAGAGUCAGUGCGAGAGAGUCGGAGACAAUCGAAACAGACUACUACUGGAUUAUCAGUGAAGUGACAUAUCGUCGUCGAUAUUCCGAUACUCCCCAGUGCUUGUACAUUAAACGAGUCACUUGGCUCAGCAGUUCGCCGCGUUCUGUGAUAUACAGAAAGUAAGAAUGGUGACCGGAGUGGGUACCACGAUGCCGACGGGUGGUGUCACCGUCGGCGCUACGCCGCCCGCGCAACACGUGCCUCAGGAGGCUGGACAGCCGCCGGCGCAGACUACCCCGGCCGUCACGGCUACGCGACGAUCCAGCGAAAAUCGACGGAGCAACAAGCCGAUUAUGGAAAAGAGACGUCGCGCCAGGAUAAACAAUUCCCUGAACGAUUUGAAAACCCUGAUAUUGGACGCCAUGAAAAAAGACCCGUCGAGACACUCGAAGCUGGAAAAGGCGGAUAUCUUAGAAAUGGCGGUGAAGCACAUGGAGAACCUGCAACGGCAAUCCGUCGCUUUGACCGCAUCGGCGGACCCGACGAUUGUAAAUAAAUUCCGCGCCGGCUUUUCUGAAUGCGCAGCCGAGGUGGGCAAGUUUCCAGGCCUAGACUCUUCGGUGAAACGACGUCUGCUGGCCCACCUCGCCUCCUACAUCGGUCCGACCGAUACCGGCAAUCAUCAUCCGACACAGCAGCCUGUCCAACCGGCGCCACCAACGGCACAAUUACAAGUGCACAUCCUGCCUCAGGUGGACGCCACCCCGAGGAUUCAGGUGCAGCAGUCGAACGGCAUAUUUUUCACGAAUGCCAACGGCACCGGUCUGCAAUUGCUCCCGACCAGAUUGGCGAACGGUGACAUCGCCUUGGUGCUUCCGGCCGGAGCGAAAGCGACACCUGUGACGUCACCGUCCACGUCACCGACGCCAACCUCGCCGUUACCGACGCUCAUCCCCAUCCCCCAGAGGACGGCCAGCACAGCGUCAUCAUCCUCCUCGUCGUCCUCCGCCAGCUCGACGUCCACAUCGGCGGGGAGCCCGGUGACGUUCGAGGCGUCGCCGGCGUCUUUCCGGGAUCAAGCGACCGGCUACAGCUCGAGCAGCAGCCAUAGAGACGUUGGGACGUCCCCGGGUACACCGGUGAGCGGGUACACCAGUGAUCCCGAAUUCGACCCGCGCAUCUCCAGCCCGCCCCUGCAAAAACCCCUCGCUCUGGUGAUGCGAAAGAGCGUGGUGCAGCCGGUAGAGGGGAAACCGUGGAGGCCGUGGUAAGAAGGAAAAAAUGAUAGAAAAGCCCACCGCGAUCCCAGCCGCAAACUGUUGAUGGUGUGGUGCGUGAUGAUAAACUGCAGUGAUGAUAAACCGAAGUGAUACCUGACCGAGCGUGCGUGGACGGUGCGAUCCGAUCGACCGAGAACUCGCCCGCCGUCUCACCGUCGAUCUACGCGUAAAGGGGACGUAAGAAAAGAGUAAACGGGAAAAAAAGAAACAAAGUGCCAAGUGUGCGCGCUCCCUCGCCCAGACAAAAGUCAAACAUUAGAAGGGUAUUUUUCUACGGGUAUCAUCACUUCUUUUUCCACAAAGAUAACUUUAGGUGUAAUAAUCAGUAUGUUAACGGGAUAAUUUUUAAUUAUUAUUGUGAUAUAUUGUACAUAAUAAAAGCAGUCAGGCCGAUCCGUUAUUUGUGCAACUUUUACGGCGUCGGUGAAUCGGGCAGCGGGGGAGAGCGGGGCACGUUUUACAUAAGGGGCAGAUUCGCAGAGCGCUUUAUGUAUUCGCCGGGAGAGAUACGGUGGAGGCAGAAUUGCAGAACGUUCCUUUUAGGACAUAGGUACUUUUCCCUGGGUUUCGUAAAAAUUGAGCAAUUCGAAAUGUUGAAACUGAAAAGGAGGAAGGAUUUGAGAGCAGUCGGGUAAAUUUUCAAGCGUCUCGAAAUUUCGCGUUUUAACAAAUUUCGAUUGCGAAAUCAACUUUUGUAACGUGGUAUUAGUUAGAAUUAAGUUUCCCGCAGUUGUAUAAUAUGUCGUUUUACGUUAUAAAAGUAACUUUCACUCAUAAAACGAAUGAAAUUGAACAAAUGAGCGGACGGGGCACGUUUGCGAAUUAGAUCAACUUAGUGCGAAGCACUUCAUAAAAUCACAUUACAAUAAUGCUGGCAUAUUCGCAUUUCGGUCAUUAGAGAAAGGGUUAUACAUAUUUUACAAAAUUAUACUUAGCAUCUCGAAACAUAAAGGCAAAUAUAAUUUUCAAGUAACCUGAAGAGCUUUAACGCCGAAAUCCUGACAAAUUUGCGAAUGUUGCCCUGGUUUUUCCUGUGCACGCCGGCCCCGCGGCUUGUGCGUACGCUUAGCUCGAGACACUAUCGUGUCUUUUGACUGAACCGUCCCGAGGCGGCUACUAACGAAAAGUGUCCAGCUGGACACUUUUCGGGCGAAGUUUCUUUCAACCGUGAAACUUGGCGAUUUCGAACUUUGGACAGAAGUAUCUCCUUUAAUAAUGCGCGUAGAAAAAAAAAUGACAGCUUUUUUUUUUCAUGUAAUUGGACCUCGGGGAAUCGAUUAAGUUCACUCAGAACCGAAUCGGACCGGCCGGCCAUUACGGCGGUACGAUGAUCUUGUCUUUCUCUCAGCUAGAAGAGGAGACGCGAUUUUAUCCCCCCCC